GUCCUAGCAGCCCCCAACUCCGUGGUCCCCCGAGAACUCUGGGACUCCGGCAACUGCAGCCCAACGGGCCUCGAGGUCCAGCAGCCCGGAUUCUGCGCUCGCACCAUGCUGCGAAAGUGUCACCAUGUCUCAUCCUUGGGAGCCAGCCAGCAAGUCUGGAGGAAGCAUCAUCUCAUUUGUCUCCCAGGAGGGUUCUUUUCCAGUCCUUGUCUGCUCUUGCUGCUCAUCAGCUGCUUGUGCGCUGAGAGUGAAGUCAAGGAAAUCCAUGCAAUGGUGGGCAGCGAUGUGGAGCUCCUCUGUGCAGACACCCACAAAAGCCAUUUCAACCUGAAUGAUCUGUAUGUCUAUUGGCAAAUUGAGAGCUCAAAAACUGUGGUGACUUAUCACCUGCCUAAUGGGUCUACAGAGUUGUAUGUGGACAGCCAGUACAAGAACCGGGCCCAUCUGUCACUGGAGCGCAUGAAGCAGGGUAACUUCUCUCUGUCCCUGCAGAAUGUCACCCCCCAGGACUCCCAGGAGUUCACGUGCCUGGUAUUUGAGUCUGAAGACUUAAGUGAAGUCUUAAAAGAGACAAUAAGGCUGCAUGUGGCAGCGAAUUUCAGCACACCUGUCAUCAGUACCUCUGGUAGCCCCAUCUCAAGCCAAGAACUCACCUUCACCUGCAUGUCCACAAAUGGCUACCCCAGGCCCAACCUGUACUGGAUCAACAGGACAGACAACAGCCUGAUAGCCGAGAGUCUGCAGAAUAAUACUGUCUACUUGAACGAGCGGGGCCUGUAUGAUGUGGUCAGCACCUUGCGGAUCCCAUGGGCACCAUGGGCGGCCCAUGUGAACGUUAGUUGUUCUAUAGAGAAUGUGGUCCUCCAUCAGAACCUCACCAGCAUCAGCCAGGCAGAAAAUUACACUGGAAACAAUGAUAAGAUCACAAAGGAUCCACAAGAAAACCACAGCCAGAAGAAAAAUGUGGCCAUUUUCAUCAUCCUUGCUAUCCUACUACUACUGGUGGUAGUGGGUAUCAUUUUCACCUGGGUUUGCAGAAGCAGGUGUUCCUGCAGACAGUAUACAGGUCCCCGGACUGUAGAGCAGGAACCCAUAGACCAUGCCUGACAGGACUCUGCCCUCUAUGUGGACUGGGCUUCUGUGAGACGCCACCCGGUGGAUGUUGGAUACAGCUUCAGAACCAACUCACACAGGCCACCGCAGAAGCGGACAAUGAGCUGUCUGCUUAAGUGCUGUGAUAGGGGACAGGAGUCCCUGGCCUUGAGAGGCAUAGAGGAUUAAUCCCAGAAACCUCAAGGGAGACCUUUUCAGUGGGCAGCAGCAAUAUCAGAAUACAGAGCCCCCAGUGAGUGGCUCCCACCCAGCCAUCAGCACAGAGAGGCGGCACUUGUGGGGAGGUCUUUCCCCAGCUGGAGCUCCAGAGCACGUGACUCAGCCUCUGGUUCUUAGGAAAAGGGCAUUUGAGCCACUGUGAAAGCACCUACAAAAUCCACUGGAGACCGUUUCCCUACAGGACUUUCAGGAGAGAGACCAUUUCCCUACAGGACUUUCAGGAGGGGAGAAAGCCAGACUGUAUUUAUUUUGGUCUCAACCUACUUGGGCCUCCUAAAGGAUGCGUGGGGUUUUUGUCUCCAGAGAACCUGCUGUUGGUGAUAAGGGCUGGGCUCAGAGGUUUGGGGUCCUUGGCUUUGCAACAGCAAAGGGACAUGCCUCAAAGCAAGACAUGUGCCACACAUGGAUGCUGCUCACUCAUCACUGAAGGCCCUCGUGCCUGACUAGCCUGUGGAUACAGAAGCAGGAAUGCUUCUCUUUCAGACUGAACACAAAGCUGGGAGAGAACAGCUUUACUAACUGGGUCUCAGCAGCCCAUGAAGACCUAUAUGAAGACCUGCCAUUCUUGGAGCCACCAGGCCCACCAGGUGGCCACAGCCUCUAGAGUCUCUAUGUUAUUGGCUAGAACAGAGCUAGCCAGUUUGGCUCUAGAUUGUUCUGCAAAGUUGGCUGCUGUGUAACCUAGGUGUGUACCAACUCCAGGGAGAUGCAGUAGGGGCACGGAUUCCCCAAUGGGACACAGCAUCUGACCCUACUGGUGGGCAAACACCCUCUCCUCCCUCCCCAGAGGCCUGAAAGUCCUGGGCAGUAAGGGCCUGCUUGCUAUAUGCCCACUGCUCACUGCUGACGGAUGUGAGACCCCAGGCCUGGACGGAGCAGGAGUCAAGCAGUGAGAACCCUGGGGUCAGGCUCAAGGGGAUCAGUAUUAUGAGGGCCUAGCUACUUUUCUGCACAGGCUCCUCACAUGGACUUAUUUAUUGGAUGGGUAUAGACAUCCACUUCUUCCUGCAAAGCAUUAUGUGUUCGUGAAAUAGCAAUCAUCAUUGUGGGUCUUGAGUUGGCAGCUACAGCAAGGAAGCAUGAAGAAGUCCCUGGGGUGCAAGAAGCUGGGGUGCAGUGCCUAUCCAAGUUCCAGGACACAGCCAUGCCCCAGGGGUCUUGUGGGGGUGGGUUUGUGACAGCCCAGCAGAAAGACCAGUCUACUACUUUCUGUCAGAAAGUGGUCAACCCUGCUGCCCAGCUGCCUCAGCACACCACAAGCUCUGUUCCCACCACUUUUGGAGGCAGUGGGAACCCUCACCAACUUCGUCUCUAUGGCCUCUGCUUAGACCUUGGGCUGCUUGCUCUACAGUCAUCGCCUGCUGAUCCCAGCAGGUCCCCACUUUCCCAUGGACCCCUGGGCGUGUGUGUGUGUGUGUGUGUGUGUGUGUGUGUGUGUGUCCCACAACACAUCAGCAUUCAUAAGACCUGCCCUGUACCUUCUGCCUCCUUCAGCCCAGAACCUUGCCGGCAUUCUUUAUCUGGGUUGUAGGCGGGACUGGCUUUCAAUAUUCUCAUAGUGAUUUCCAGAACUCUGACAAGGGAAUAAAUACAAGAUGUGUUUUC